UUAACCAACCCGUCCUACAGCAAAACACACCCGCCCACACACAGGCCCGCCUCCUGCGUCAGAGCUCAAGCGACCGCAUGACGUCAUCCCGCGGUGACCCGAAGCUGUCACCUGGAACCUGUGGGAAUCUGGGAUUUAGGAGCUCGGAACUCUCCGCUCGAGGCUGCUCCAUGGGGUGUGUAGGCUCGGGGAAGGAAGAAAGCGGUGCGGCUGAGUGAAUGAGCCAGGGACUCCACGGGCAGAGCCAUGGUGUCAUGGAGAGGGAUAUAUUUUGUGCUUGCGUUGUUCCUGGGAAGCUUCUUCGGCAGCAUUUUUAUGCUGGGCCCUUUCCUCCCUUUGAUGCUCGUGUCUCCGAGUUGGUAUCGAUGGAUAACAGACCGGAUUGUGGCCACCUGGCUGACUUUACCCGUGGCUUUGCUGGAGUUGGUAUUUGGCGCAAAAGUGGUGAUCACCGGCGAUGGGUUCAUUCCGGGAGAAAGGAGUGUGAUCAUCAUGAAUCAUCGUACUAGGCUGGACUGGAUGUUCUUGUGGAAUUGCUUGUUGCGCUACAGCUACCUCAGGCUCGAAAAAAUCUGCCUCAAAUCCAGUCUGAAAGCCAUCCCAGGAUUUGGCUGGGCCAUGCAGGUCGCUGCCUUCAUUUUUAUCCACCGAAAAUGGGAAGAUGAUAAAAAUCACUUUGAAGCCAUGCUGGAUUAUUUCUGUGAUAUAAAGGAGCAUCUUCAGAUUCUCAUAUUCCCAGAAGGAACUGACCUGACAGAUAAUACCAAAGCUCGUAGUGAUGAAUUUGCUGAAAAGAACAAACUGCAAAAAUAUGAAUAUGUCCUACACCCAAGAACAACAGGAUUUACCUUUAUUGUGGAUCGUCUAAGGGAAGGUAACAACCUGGAUGCUAUCCAUGACAUCACUGUGGCCUACCCCCACAACAUUCCUCAGACCGAGAAACAUAUCCUAAAUGGAAACUUCCCCAAGGAAAUCCACUUCCAUGUCUGCCGAUACCCCGUCAGUAGCCUGCCUGUCUCUAAAGAGGAGCUGCAGCUCUGGUGCCAGCAAAGGUGGAAGGAAAAGGAAGAUCGCCUACGUGCCUUCUACCAAGGAGAGCGAUACUUUGAUGCCACCAGGCGCAGUAGAAUACCACCUUGCAAGUCUGAGCUCCGUGUGCACCUAAUAAAGUUGGCGUCGCUGCUGUACUGGACGCUGUUUCCCAUAGCUAUGAUUGUACUCUUGUACCUGUACAGCCUGGUGCGAUGGUACUUCCUGGUGGUCAUUGUCAUUUUUGUCCUACAGCAGAAGAUUUAUGGUGGUCUUGAGCUGAUCGAGCUGGCGUGCUACCGAUAUUACACCAGGAGGUAUAAGAGAGUGUGAGCUCUGUGUCUGAUGUCACAAGGGCUUUUGCAUGGUAAUCAUGGAAAGUAUUUCUGUAUUAUUCUUUUUUUCCCUAAGGAACACAUUCAGCAUAGAAUUAAACAGACAGAACUAUAUUCGUACCACCCAGAUCAAGAAUGGAUAACCCAACUCAGUGUUGUCAUACUGUUAUCACUAAGAAGCUUUUUAUUUACACCUGAAAUCAUGAGGAACCACCAUGUCACUAGAUGAAGGUCAAGUUCUAGCCACUUUGUAGUCACAUAUAUCUAAUUUUAUUUGUGUGCCCAUCUAAUUCAUUCCAGCCUCUUGCUGAGUAUAUUGCUAGCACUAGCUGUUAUUACUGUAGAAACUAGUUAUGUGUGGGCAGGCCCGAAACCCACGGGUAUACCUGCGGGUCUGGUGGGUUCUGGCCGACUCCUGCACAAAAUCUUCGGGUCGUGGGCGGGUCCAGGUCAAGCUCUUCUCCUGCUCUCUCCGCCCACAACCUAGCAGUUCCGGCUUCCGGCACCGGAAUUUAUAGACUUCCACCUGCCCCUUUUGUGACAUCACUGCAGAGCAGGCGCUGGUCUAUAAAUAGAGGGCAGCAGCGGGCCAGGUGCAGAUUGGGAGGGGGCGGGUUAGGGUUGGGUGUGGGUCAGGAAAUUCUCGACUCCUCACAUCACUAGUAGAAACCCUACAGCCCCAAGAGAUAAAGCGACUCUGCUCUCAUGUUGCCCUUUUUUAAAAAAAUUUCAUAUAAUUUUGUAUACACCAUAAAAUGGCUCUGUGUCGCUUCCCGGUGGGUAAUCAAGUUUGUAUUUAUUAAGAAGAAAACCUCAAUUGUUCUUUGUUUUCUUACAGUAUGGCACCCAGGGGGCAGAUUUAUCAAAAUGUGAAUUUAGAGCUUAAUAAAUAAAAACUUCCCCACGUUCUAUUUUUUUAAAGGGAUUUUUAGAAUUGUAUUGUGAAAGUUAGAACUCACCAUUUGAUAAAUACGGUUCUAAAAAUCCCAUUGGAAUGAACAGAACGUGGAUGAGUUUUUAUUUAUUAAGCUCUAAACUCACAUUUUGAUAAAUCUGCCCCUAAGUGUCUGCCUCCUUAGCUGUCACAGCCUGGACUGGCAACUGCCUGUAUCUGUGGUUCCAGGAGGAUUCCAGGGAAUGUGAGUGAUAACCAUUAGCUCAAGUAGAGACAGGCAUUUUCACUGGAGGAGACAUUUUAUAGAAUUCAGGAUUGUGGGGGUUUUUUUCAGAAAACACGGUCUAGAAUUUUUUCAAAUUCUAAUUUCCACGCUCCAGUUUUCAUGAUUUAGCAAUCAAAAAAAAAAUGAAACAUUUCACAUUUUCAAACUUUUUAUUUAAUAUAGCUUGAAUUUUGAAAAAACACAUCCCACUGAUUUCUACUGAAGCUCAUCGGCUUUUAGAUGCUGAUGUGAUCAUUCGAUUUUGUUUCGUUUGACAGAUCUCAAAUUUGAAAAAAAUAUUGCAAUCAACUUUUUUUCACUGUGAAAAAUAGAACGCAGAAAAAAAACACAAUCUCAAAUUGCGAUCAAUUAACUUCAGAGUGUGUCAAUAGCUUGUGAGGAUAAAGCGAUUUCAGACCA